GGCAUAAUCUCCUGGGCCACGUGGGGUCCAUUCUUGAAAGCAGCUGCGUAACGCCAGAGUUCAAGGAGACUCGGAGCGUCUGUUCCAGAAGGAGGCAGCCCUAGAAGCGGAGCCAGGUGCAAGACGCAGACCGGGAUCAAGAUGCCCAGGGGGAGCAGAAGCGUGGGGGGACGGACGGCUGCGGCCAGUCCAGCUCCCUCUCAUGCCCACCCUCCAGCUCAUCCUCCCCCUUCGGCCGUGGCUGCCCCAGCUCAGCCCCAGCAGCCUGGCUUGAUGGCCCAGAUGGCUACCACUGCGGCGGGAGUGGCCGUCGGCUCUGCGGUGGGCCACGUGGUCGGCGGCGCUCUCACCGGGGCGUUCAGCGGAGGAGGCGGCAGCUCCGAGCAAGCAAAACCAGCUAGCGCUCCCAGCCAGGAGUCCAGGCAGCAGCCAGCCUAUCAGCAAUCCCAGUACGGCCCCUGCCAUUAUGAGAUGAAGCAGUUCCUCGAGUGCGCUACGAACCAGAACGACUUGACCUUGUGCGAGGGCUUUAACGAGGCCCUGAGGCAGUGCAAGCAUAGCAACGGUGUCGCUUCUCUCUUGUGAAGAAGUUUGAGCGCUUAUGCAUCAAAAUAAGAAGCACCUGGAAAGGAGCCAUAAACCCAAAGGAAUUGAGAGGGCUAGUGACCAGCGGAUGAGCACAGCCAGGGAUCCGGCUAGACCAGUGGGCCUCUUUAGCGCGAUUCUCAGUUGUUGAUUAGCAAGCCGGGAGGACUCUGGUUGAAAUGCUUAAUAGUGGAGCUUUUAGGAUCCAGGCAUCACUUGACUUCUUACAGGGCAAUGUGAAAUAAAAGGAGAUGGCUUAUUUUAAUCUA